CUGGUUAGUGGGAGGGGUUGAGACAUUUUAUGAGAGAACUUCAACAGUUAUGUAUUAAAUCUUCAGAAACGUCAAAAGUUGAAAGGGACCACACUAUAUCUGCAGUGCAUUGGCCUGAAAAUAUGGAAAUUCCUGCCGUAAACCUCAAGGCCAUAGUACUAGUGCACUGGCUACUAACCAUCUGGGGCUGCAUGGCCUGGCUGCCCCCCUCCUAUGCCUGGGGGAACUUCAGUGUCCUGGCUGUGGGUGUGUGGGCCAUCGCUCAGAGGGACUCCAUCGAUGCUGUACUUAUGUUUCUGAUUGGGAUUGCAGUGACGAUACUGACGGACAUCAUCCAUCUUGGGAUCUUCUACCCGCUGGCCGAGGGUCUAGCGGAGAGGAACAGGGACACAUUCCGCUUCAGUGCGGGCAUGGCCAUCCUGGGUCUGCUACUCAAACCUGUCUCCUGCUUCUUCAUCUACCAAAUGUACAGAGAGCGUGGAGGAGAUUACAAUGUCAACUUUGCAGGCUUCCCCAGUGUAACACGAAACAGAGAUGCUUACCAGUCCAUUGACCAGCAGGACCAGUCCACCAGCUCAGCCAACCCCUUCAACCAGGCCGAGGCCACAAAGCCUGGAGCACCACGCUCCUACUGAGAUGCAGCACUCACUUUAUUCACUUGGAAAUGCAUGGUGUCAUGAAGGAAUCCAUCACAUCCAUAAUGUUUUUGUAAAAAAUUUUGUUUUUUCCUUUCAUAUGGGUAUUUGUGAACUGCAAAAGUCCUUUGUCGAUUGUCCUGAAAUUUAUUCAAUCCCUUACCAAAAAUGCCCUGUUCUAAAUACUCACUGUCAUGGUAAAAUAAUAUGAUUUGCUUACUGUAUGCUUGAUGCUCAGGAUAAUGGCACAUACACUAGAAUAUGGAUAGAACUUGAAAUACCUUGGACACAAGCCCAACACUAAAAUGAUAGAUGUGAUGACGUUUUUGAUUUUUAUGGUGCAGUAACACUGGGAUAAUAAUGUAGAAAAUACAGUUUUACAAAAUUAUACAGCCAAGUUUGCCUGCCCUCUUACCAAUAUCUACCCUGUCCUAAAUGCUACUAUAUUUCUUACUUUGUGACUUUAUUUAAAAGAUGCCUGAUGUAAGAUCUGUGUUGUCCUAACCCUGAAAGAUGGACAUGAGUGGUUACAACAGUAUUAUUGCCAGUGUUUGGAAUAACCAGUGCUCUGGUUUUGUGUUAUUUUUAGCAAGCCUUAUGUUACUGUAUCCUAAGCUAUUCUCAGCACCACCAUCUACUCAAAUCAAAACGUAUGUGAAGAUGACGUCAAUAGGAUAAUGGUGGUGCAGUUUGUAAACCCUUCCAUUUUACUUCAUUUUACCACAUGAAUGCCGUCUGACGUUUCCAGUUUUACCUCACCUUCUGACUAGAUGGCAGAGCAGUACAGCUUUCAGGGAGGACGUGUAUCUCUUUGUUGUGAAGUGAAACAUAACCCUCUAAUGAGUGUUUUGAAAAGGUCAAGAUGUAGAAAGCGUGCCAGUCAUUUGGUCUGCAACGGUUCUGUGACAUUCUUUAUUGAAACUAGUUCACUGUGAGUAUACUUUUAAAAUCAGAUUUAUCUCUGUCAGAAUUAAGAAUAUGAAAGACUUUCUGCCUUCAAUACGUUACGGGUAGGAUUUACCUCUGAGCUGAGAGAGCAGAUGCCUGUUACAGCCCAGUAAAUAUGAACCAGGAAGAACAACUAUAUUCCUGGAUGUGAUUUGCAUAGCUUUGUGUUUGACAGGGCACUUUCCUUGUAAAAUGUUAGCACUUGUGUCCUCAAUCAUUCCAAAUGCAAAUGUUUUUUAUGUAGCUGAUCAAGUUUGUACGAUUUUUGUCUUUUCCUUUCAUUUGUAAAUGCACUAAAGCCUUCGUCAAAGAGCACUACUCUUAAUUUUACAUUGACUGUGAGGCAAUUUUCUUGAACAACCAAUGUGUUUGGCCCAGCAGUGUUGAGUUGUUCUCUUGAUAAAAUACAGAAACUCUUUAUUGAUCUGAAUUAGUUACAAGCCAUAUUGAUUUGAGUAACAUGGGUGAAUACCAAACAUUCAAAACCUUGAAAUUCUAUCCACAAGUUAAUAAAAAACUACAGCUCUGUCAUAACAUUUA